GAUUGUUGGGCGCGUGACCGAAUCCCACGGGUUGCCACGCCCCCUUUCCACCCCAGCUGCACGUGCCGGGCGGGGGCCCGCUCCCGGGGCGCUGCUGGGCGGCGGGGAGGAGCGCGGGGCCCAGCGGCCGCUCUGCGGAACGGACCCUUCGGAGUGACCCAGACGCGUUCCCUUGGGCAGUUCCAGAGACAGAGUCGUUUGCCUGCUAAACUCAUCAAUGGGGGAGUUGCAGGGAUCAUUGGUGUUACCUGUGUUUUUCCAAUUGAUCUGACUAAAACCAGAUUACAGAACCAGAGGAGUGGACAGCAAGCAUACAAAAGCAUGCUGGAUUGUCUAGUUAAGACACUACGCUCAGAGGGCUAUUUUGGGAUGUACAGAGGUGCUGCAGUAAAUCUGACACUAGUAACACCUGAGAAGGCAAUCAAGCUUGCUGCAAAUGACUAUUUCAGGCAUUCCUUGGCCAGGGAUGGAACAGGCCUGACCAUAUCCAGAGAGAUGGUGGCGGGCUGUGGUGCUGGAACAUGCCAGGUCAUUAUCACCACUCCGAUGGAGAUGCUGAAAAUCCAACUACAGGAUGCAGGGAGAGUAGCAUCUCAACAGCUUAUGAGUGGAGUCCACUAUUCAAGUUCUGGCUGCAAACAUGUAGCUGUCAGCUCUCCCCUGACUAGAGCACCUAACAUUGGAUCUGCUGCACUUGCAAAGAGAAUAUCUGCUACACAUAUAGCAGCUGCAAUUCUGCAUACUCAAGGCAUUAAAGGACUCUACAGGGGUCUUGGAGCCACCUUACUGAGGGACAUUCCCUUCUCCAUCAUCUACUUUCCAUUAUUUGCACAUCUGAACAGAAGAGGACAGGCGUCUCUGGAGAAGAGAGCCCCAUUUUAUCACUCAUUUCUUGCUGGUUGUGUGGCUGGCUCUGUGGCAGCAGUGUCUGUCAAUCCAUUCGAUGUAAUAAAGACACGGCUCCAAUCACUAACCAAAGGAACAAAUGAGAACAGCUACAGCGGACUAGUUGACUGUGCCAGGAAAAUUUGGUGGAAGGAGGGUCCAUCUGCCUUCCUGAGAGGGGCUGGCUGCAGAGCAUUAGUCAUUGCUCCUCUCUUUGGUAUAGCCCAAGUCAUUUACUUUAUUGGAGUAGGGGAGUUCCUGGUGAAGCUUUCCCCAUAUGGCAGAUUUUCAUCCUGACUCCUCAUACCAUGGAUAUGCUGGAAUAGAACCUGUAAGAACCAUUCAUCCAGAGAGGAUCCAAGAAAAAAAUAGCAAUGCAAACUGAUUUAUUUAUAUUCUUAGUAAACUUGUGGUUCCCAAUAGGCUGUUACUAAUCACUAAAGUUAGUGAAAGAUAGGACAAUGUUUUCCUAGACUGCUGGUCAGUGUUGCAUCCCAGCUUGGGGAUGCUGUAUGUCUCCCUUUCAUGGUGUUUUGCUAUUAACCUUUUGCACCAAAAAUCAGACUUUUAUAACACCACAAACCAAUGUGGUACAAGAGGCUGCAGACUGUUAGUGCAUGGGGGAAUGUCUCCCGUGCUAAAGGUCUAAGCUCCCUGUAUGUGAAAUGCUUUACCAAAUUUUGUGUACUUUUCAGAAGGUAGUAUGAUCAAACACUGGGAUAGUUGAUUUGAAAUUUCAGUAGGUGAUGGAAUUUAACGGGACAGAUUAAAAACUUCAAUCUUACAUGGAAGUUAAGGACAUGCUGUUGGAGGUAAAUUUUGUUUUAAUGAAGGGAACAUGAACAACAUUUUUUAAUAGAUUGGGGGCCAAGUCUCUCUAUUAGCUACACUUGAUUAUCCAGCUACUGGACUGGAAAGGUCUGACUUGAUAUUUUUUUUAUUCUAUAUUCCACCAACACUGUUUCAUUAAUUCAGUCCUGACAUUUAAUUGAGAACAGAAAGCUAUGUCUUAUUAAUAAUAAUAGUUUACAGUUUUGAGCAUUUCCUUGUAAAGAAGGUGGUUGCUUUGGUGACUGCUAAAAACAAAAGCCAUUAUAGACCAUACAUGCAUUGAAGACCAGCUGUCCUCUGUAGUCACUCAGGAUGAAAUUCACUCUGUAUAAGGCCUUUGUAUCACUUACAGUACGGGUAGAGUGAUUCCUCAAAAGAUUUUGCAUGCUUAUGAACCUGUGAUUGUUCAGGAGAAACCUAGGUGCUGCAAGAACUUGUUAGCAUAUCUCCCUACAUACUUGAAUUUCUCAGGAAUUUGGGACCAGAUCUUCUUUUAAACUAACAUACAUUGCAGCCAGUAAACUUGCUAGAAGCUGCACCAGAGGCUAAAACUGGAUAAAGAACCUUCAAAGAUAAUAUUUUAACGUUGUUUCUUAUAGCUAAACAUUUUUCCCUUGGCAGUGAGCUCAUGGAAGGGGUACUCCCAUUUUUUUCUUUCUUACUGUUGCAGAGGAAUAAACUGGUCAGUUUCUUUGGCCAUUUCCCCAAAUCCAGGGUGUGCAGUAUGCAGUUUAAAUGUAUAUGAUGCAAUGAAAGCUUGAAGCCUUUUAUGACAUUAAUGGUAACUUUGUAGAAGCCAUCUGUACUCAGUACUUGCCAUACCACUUUGCAGUAAAAGCCAGUGAUCCAUCUA